AUGUUGUCGUAUGCUUCUCGUACUGGUAAAUAUGGAGGCGAACAUUUAGCGAUUAUCGAAAAUAAAAUAAAAAUUCUGAAUAAACAUUGUGAGAGAACUGUAGGAAAACGUUUUUUCUUUCAAGUCGAUUCAGAUGAUAAAAAUAAAACAAUUGCCUCUCAUGGAAAACUUUCUGGUCAUCUUCAAGAUCUAUUUUUUGUUGAUAGUUUUCCUUAUAAAGAGAUUCUUAGUGAUGAAAUAGCAAAAUCAGCCCGAGCUGUAGUUAACAAAUUUAAAGAAAUUCUUAAUGAGCUUAAGAGUAGUUCUAUAAAACGAAAUGGUGUUCUGAAACGUUUAUCACUCGAGUUCGUUAAAGAAUUUCGUCAAAGUGGUCUUCGAACGACUGUUACUCCCUAUAUUCAUAUCAUUGGUAAUCAUUUAUUUGAAUUUCAUGAAUUAAAUGAUCUCAGAGAUUACAAUAUGCAAGGCGUCGAGAAAAGCAAUGAUCUACUUUCACGUCUCUAUUUUUCAUCUACUAAUCCAGCUAAAAAUCCUCUGCUAACUAUGCUUCAGAAACUGUAUCGAAUGCUAGAAAUGAACUUUCAAGAUGAGAAAGAACGAGACGCGAUGACUACAUUUGCUCGCACAGGUGUUUACGAUUUUGUCGAAGAUUUAAGUGAAUGUGAAUCCAAUACUGAUCAUCAAAAUGUAUCUGGUAGUAGCGAAGAAGAUUCUGUAGAAAGUGAAAGUGAAUCUGAAGAACAAAUUGAUUCUCAUAUAACAGAAGAUGAGGAAGAACAUGAAGAUGAAAUUGAAUUAGAAGAACCACCAGUUUGGGCACCAGAAAAGAGAUUUUGUACGAAAUUCUUAUCUCGGUCUGAAAAUCGAUUUAAAAGCUUUCGAAGAUCAUAA